AUGGUCAGAGGAAAUUCCACUCUGGUGACUGAAUUUGUUCUCUUGGGAUUCACAGAUCAUCCAGAGCUUCAGCCCAUCCUCUUUGUGCUGUUCCUGGUAAUCUAUUUGAUCACCACGGGCAUGGGAAACCUUGGGCUGUUGGUGUUGAUCAGGAUAGAUUCAUGCCUCCACACUUCCAUGUACUAUUUUCUUGCCAGUUUGUGCUUGGAUUUGUGCUUUUCCACUAAUAUGACUCCCAAGAUGUUGGUGAACUCCUUAUCAGAGAAGAAAACUACUUCCUAUGUUGCUUGCUUAGUCCAGUGUUAUUUUUUCAUUGCCGUAGUGGUUACUGAAUAUUACAUGCUGGCGGUAAUGGCUUAUGAUAGGUACAUGGCCAUCUGUAACCCUUUUUACGGCAGCAAUAUGUCCAGAGGGGUCUGUAUUCUCCUGAAUGUUGGUCCAUAUGUCUAUGGGUUCCUUAGUGGGUUGAUGGAAACCAUAGGACCUACUGCUUGACCUAUUAGUCACUUAUAUUGUGCUGACCCUCCCCAGCUCUCCUGCUCUGACACUUUCAUUAAGGAGACAAUGGCCAAUGUCAAUAUCACCUAUGUCACUGAGUUCAUUCUAAAGGGAAUUACAGACCGGCCAGAGCUUCAGGCCCCAUGCUUUGUGGUGUUUUUCAUCAUCUAUCUGGUCACAGUGCUGGGCAACCUGGGGUUGAUAACCUUAAUCAGGAUUGACACUCAACUCCACACACCUAUGUACUAUUUCCUCAGUCACUUGGCCUUUGUUGACCUUUGCUACUCCUCUGCUAUCACACCAAAGAUGAUGGUUGUUGUGGAACUCAAUACUAUUCCUUUCCAUGCUUGUGCAACACAACUGGGCUGUUUUCUCGCCUUCGUGAUCACCGAGUGUUUCCUUUUGGCUUCCAUGGCCUAUGAUCGCUAUGUGGCCAUCUGUAGUCCCCUGCACUAUUCAAUCCUGAUGUCAAGAAGACUCUGCAUUCAAUUAGUGGCAGUUCCAUAUAUAUACAGUUUUUUGGUUGCCCUGUUCCAUACCAUUAUCACCUUCCGUCUAACUUACUGUGGCCCUAAAGUAAUUAACCAUUUCUACUGUGAUGACUUCCCUCUCUUGGCUCUGUCCUGCUCAGACACACACAUGAAGGAAAUUCUGAUCUUUGCCUUUGCUGGUUUUGAUAUGAUCUGUUCCUCUUCUAUCAUCCUCACCUCCUACAUCUUUAUCAUUGCUGCCAUCCUAAGGAUCCGCUCUACACAGGGGCGAUGCAAGGCCAUUUCCACCUGUGGCUCCCAUAUGGUGGCUGUCAUUAUUUUCUAUGGCACCUUGAUCUUUAUGUACCUGCAGCCUAAAUCAAAUCACUCCCUGGACACAGACAAAAUGGCAUCUGUAUUUUACACAGUGGUGAUCCCGAUGUUGAACCCCCUGAUCUAUAGUCUAAGGAACAAAGAGGUGAAAGAUGCUUCAAAGAAAGCCUUGGAUAAAGGUUGUGAGACCUUAAAGCUAUUAAAAUUAAGAAAAUAA